AUGCUGCCAGCAGAAAGCUUAUCCCCAAUCCUAAUAAAAUACUUAAUAAUUGAACAGGGUGGUCAGUUACUACGAAAUUCUACUUCACUCAGUUGCAUCAUGAACAAACCCGUCACUGUUGAAAACAUCAGAGCCAAACGAGAUAAGCCUGGACUUCGAGCUCAGCACCUAUGCGGUCUGACAUUGUUGAAGGAGAUCUCAAAUGGCCAGUUGAUCGGGGGCUGGAUAAGCUCGACUAAAGUGUCUUUCAUUCCAAGAACAAUUGAAGGAGGUGAACAUGUUGUCAACACACAAACUGCCGGAAGUGUGUGUCUUCUCAUCCAAUCAGCCCUGCCCUGUUUGCUGCUAGCCAAUAAGAGCAGUCGAUUAGUGUUGAAAGGCGGCACUAAUGCUUCCAUGGCUCCUCCUUUUGAAUAUUUUGUUGAUGUUCUCAGGCCGAUGCUUCGAAAGAUGGGAAUCAACUUUGAAUGCCAACUUGUCAGAAGAGGUUUCUACCCCAGAGGAGGCGGUGAAGUUGUUCUAACAUGCAACCCUAUUAAAAAAAUUCAGCCAAUCAUCUUGCAGGAGAAGGGCUCGAUCUUCGACAUAUCUGGCUUGGCAUAUGUAGCCGGUUCUCUACCUGACAAGAUAGCGGUUGAGAUGAAGGCUCUUGCAGAAUUUGAUUUGAAAUUAAAAUAUCCACACAUCAAGGUCAAGGUCGAAUUCUUGCACGAUAAGCAAUGUAAUGGCAAUGGUAGUGGCAUUAUCCUGGUGGCUCGGACGAUGGACAACAUCACGUUUGGCGCGUCUGCACUCGGCGAGAAAGAUAAGCCUGCGGAACUGGUUGCCAAGGAAGCAGUGAAUGAACUUCUGGAAGUUCUACAAUCGAAGUCAUGUGUCGACAAAUAUAUGCAGGAUCAGCUGAUCAUCUUCAUGGCCCUGGCAGACGGCAGAUCAGUAAUGAGGACCUCCGAGCCAACACUGCACACGAGGACCGCAAUGGACGUCAUCGAACGCAUGACCAACGCAAAAUUCACAGUGGAUCAGAUUUCAGAAAAGGAAUGGAUCAUAACAUGCGAUGGCAUCUCUUACACCAACAACAGCAUUUGA